AUGCACAUGGAUAGUAAUUUAAUAGAAGAAAACGAUUUAACAGAUCUUGAAGAGAAUGAUUGUAUUGAAAAGGUGGAUGAUUUAAUUAAUGGUGAGUGUUCCAUUCCAGAGAAAUUGGAGAGGUUUUAUAAAGUCUUGAUUGGAGGUAAAGAUAUUCGUCGAAGAGAUGGUGUCAAUUGUGACAGAUUGACUAAUUCAAUGGCCUCAGACGCUAUUUUUUGUGUCAAUAAUGGAACUGUUAAACCGUCUAAACACAUAACACUUGCUUUGACUAUAAAAAGUCUUACAAAUAGUCGAAAAAGUAUUAAUAUUUUAAAUAGAUUUGGACAUUGCUGCAACUAUUACACCUUGGAAGAAUUUGAAACUGAAGUAAAUAUAGCAUCUGUUGAUUGCGUGGCAUUCGAUAAUUUUGAUAGAUUCGUCGAUACCCUAAAUGGAAAAGAAACUUUACACGACACUGUUGGAAUUAUAUAUCAAAAUAUUGAUGAUAAUGUCCAAGAAGAAUUGAAUGUAGAUAAUGCCAGUAAUAAUUCUGAAGAAACGCUACCAGGACCAUCAAAAAAAGAAGAAGAACCUUUGAUGCUAUUGUUCCCGAUAUCCUUCCAUAUGCUAAACGAUUAA